GACAUUGGUUUAAGUCAGGAAACAAAAAAGGGGAACUGAGUGGCUAUGAAAGGGUGGGGUUUGCUCAGACUGUUCUUCCUCUCUGGACUGUAAGACUAUGUCUCCAGGGCCAGUGUCUUCCGAGAUCAAGUCCCAAUUUCCAAGUUCUGGCAUCUCAAUGCAUCUGGAAAGCUACCUGAAUUAAUUCAGGACGAGUACAGACGUGAACUCCAGAACAAAGAAACAAUGGCCGCAGUAAUUCUGGAGAGCAUCUUUCUGAAACGCUCCCAACAAAAAAAGAAAACAUCACCUUUGAACUUCAAGAAACGCCUCUUUCUCCUGACUGUGCACAAACUUUCCUACUAUGAGUAUGACUUUGAACGUGGGAGAAGAGGCAGCAAGAAGGGGUCAAUAGAUGUUGAGAAGAUCACUUGUGUUGAAACAGUGGUUCCUGAAAAAAAUCCUCCACCAGAAAGACAGAUUCUGAGAAGAGGUGAAGAGUCCAGUGAAAUGGAGCAAAUUUCAAUCAUUGAAAGGUUCCCUUACCCCUUUCAGGUUGUAUAUGAUGAAGGGCCUCUCUAUGUCUUCUCCCCAACGGAAGAACUGAGAAAACGCUGGAUUCAUCAGCUCAAAAAUGUAAUCCGGUAUAAUAGUGACCUGGUACAGAAAUUCCACCCUUGCUUCUGGAUCGAUGGGCAAUAUCUCUGCUGUUCUCAAACAGCUAAAAAUGCAAUGGGCUGCCAAAUUUUGGAGAACAGGAAUGGAAGCUUAAAACCUGGGAGUUCUCAUAGAAAAACAAAAAAACCUCUUCCCCCUACACCAGAGGAGGACCAGAUCUUGAAAAAGCCAUUGCCUCCUGAGCCAACAGCACCACCAGUUUCCACAAGUGAGCUAAAAAAGGUUGUAGCCCUUUAUGAUUACAUGCCAAUGAAUGCAAAUGACCUACAGCUUCUGAAGGGUGAUGAGUAUUUUAUCUUGGAGGAGAGCAACCUACCCUGGUGGCGAGCACGAGAUAAAAAUGGGCAGGAAGGCUACAUCCCUAGUAAUUAUGUCACAGAAGCAGAAGACUCCAUAGAAAUGUAUGAGUGGUAUUCCAAACACAUGACUCGGAGUCAAGCUGAGCAACUACUAAAGCAAGAGGGAAAAGAAGGAGGUUUCAUUGUCAGAGAUUCCAGUAAAGCUGGAAAAUACACUGUUUCUGUGUUUUCUAGAUCUACAGGGGACCCUAAAGGAGUAAUACGCCAUUAUGUUGUAUGUUCCACACCUCAGAACCAGUACUAUCUGGCUGAGAAACACCUUUUCAGCACCAUCCCUGAGCUCAUUAACUACCAUCAACAUAACUCUGCAGGACUCAUAUCAAGGCUGAAAUAUCCAGUGUCUCAACAAAACAAGAAUGCUCCUUCCACUGCAGGCCUUGGCUAUGGAUCAUGGGAAAUCGAUCCAAAGGACCUGACUUUCUUAAAAGAGCUUGGGACCGGACAGUUUGGGGUAGUGAAGUAUGGGAAGUGGAGAGGCCAGUAUGAUGUGGCUAUCAAGAUGAUCAGAGAAGGCUCCAUGUCCGAAGAUGAAUUCAUUGAAGAAGCCAAGGUCAUGAUGAAUCUUUCUCAUGAGAAGUUGGUGCAGUUAUAUGGUGUCUGUACCAAACAGCGCCCCAUCUUUAUCAUCACUGAGUACAUGGCCAAUGGCUGCCUUCUGAACUACCUACGGGAGAUGCACCAACCCUUCCAGACCCAGCAGCUGCUGGAGAUGUGCAAGGAUGUCUGUGAAGCCAUGGAAUACCUGGAGUCAAAGCAGUUCCUUCAUCGAGACCUGGCAGCUCGAAACUGUUUGGUAAACGAUCGAGGAGUUGUGAAGGUAUCUGACUUUGGCCUGUCUAGGUAUGUCCUGGAUGAUGAAUAUACCAGUUCAGUGGGCUCCAAGUUUCCAGUUCGGUGGUCUCCACCAGAAGUCCUUAUGUACAGCAAGUUCAGCAGCAAAUCUGACAUUUGGGCUUUUGGGGUUUUGAUGUGGGAAAUUUACACCCUUGGGAAGAUGCCAUAUGAAAGAUUUACUAACAGUGAGACAGCUGAACACAUUGCCAAAGGCCUACGUCUCUACAGGCCUCAUCUGGCUUCAGAGAGUAUAUAUGCCAUCAUGUACAGCUGCUGGCACGAAAAAGCAGAUGAACGUCCUACUUUCAAGAUUCUCCUGAGCAACAUUCUAGAUGUCAUGGAUGAAGAAUCCUGAACUGGACUAUAAGCUUCUUGGUUAUAUGCCUUUAUUCUCCAAACCCCAAUUCCACUUUCUUUGAGGAAAUCUCAGGUUUGCUGGUUCUGGGGCCUUUGUGCUCUCAAUUGAAUCCCUAAAGGCUUGUCUUUCAUUCCUUCUGGAGAAAGGUUAGAUGAUUUCUGUGCCUAAUAUUGCCCCCAGAUCCAAGAGAGAAUAUUUCCCAAGAAUAUUGAGACUGAAUUUAGGGUGGGAACAUUUGGGGAGGGGGGAGGGAUGUAAAUAGCCUUGUAAGGGGUCCCACUGCCCUUUGGGUAAGCAUUAGAGCUUAGGAGUGGGUUGGAUUUGGCAGAAAUGGGAGGGGUAUUUUGAUAAAAUAAAAUUACUGUAAAGAGUGAAGGUCUCAUAUCUCAAUCUCGUGGCCUCCUUGGAGCAUCCUAUGUCAGAAGUGCAGAAAACUGUAAAGCACUGGGUUACCAUAUUUCACAGGAUCCUCGACAUUUCACCCCUCUUGCUCUUUUAAAAUUCUGCCUCUAAUUCUAAGAUGCCUGUACAGUGAGUGCUUGGCACAUAAUAGACCUGCAGUAUCAUUAAACUGUCAAGAGCCUCA